AAUUGCUCCCCCCUGGCCUCCAUUCACAUCAUUGAGGAUGUCAAAAUCACAUCCACCACCGUCGGUUAAUGGAUAUGCCUCCAAUUCGACCCAGGUAACCCCCCCCACACUCCAGACAUCUUCAAUGCCAGCUCCGUCGCCGAGAUCAAGGCCACCCUGUCGCAUCUCCACGAGCAAGAGGCUACCGUGACCGCACGUCUAGAUGCACUGGUUGCAUUGCAGAAGGACUUCUCCAGGGAGCUAGGGCGGCUGGAUCUUCUGCGCGCCCAUCUCAGCUCGCAGACAACCACCACACGUUCCGUCAGCCAUGGCAUGUUGUCCGGUGCCGCUGCUACCGCAGACCGGAUUUCCAACGCCGUUCGCCGUCUCGACACAGAACAAGCCCGUGUAAAAUCUACGCUUAAGGUUGUGGACCAGGUGGCGGAACUCAAGGCCUGCGUAUUGGGUGUAGCUGGCUCGAUGGGUGCUCCGCAGGACUGGGAGACAGCGGCCAGCUACCUCAACAGGGCAUCAAAGAUCCCCCCGGAAGUGGUGCAUGGUGCUUUUGCGGCUGAGAUUGUACCCACGGCCGAAGUUCCAGAUCCGCCGAAUGUCACGCUGGAUAAUGCGGCGGAAUCUCUCUGCGGGCUGUUCCUACGCGAGUUUGACCGGGCUGUUAAGGAGAACGACGGUGCUAAGAUCACGCGUUUCUUCAAACUCUUCCCCUUAAUAGGCAGAUCGGAGGUGGGCUUGGAUGUCUACGGACGCUACGUGUGCCAGGGGAUCGCAGCGCGGGCUCGAGCAAAUCUCAAUGCUGGCACCGCAGGGUCGCAGAGCAAGGAUGGAUUCUUCUAUGCCAAUGCUCUCACCAAGUUGCUUGAACACAUCGCACAGAUUAUUGACGGACAUGGCCCGCUCGUUGAGCGGCACUACGGACCAAGGAAGAUGGGACGGGUGAUUGAACGAUUGCAGGUCGAGGCCGAUGUUCAGGGUGGGAUCAUCCUGGAUACCUGGAGCGACGAGAGGCAUGUGGAUCGCAAACUAAUGGAUAUCAAAUCCUACGCCUUUACAUUCUUGGUUCAAAGUUUCCUCCCUGCUCAACGGGCUGGAACACCCCGAGCGGCUUCUCCCGCAGUUCGGGACGCGGCUGCCACUGAUGACGAGGGAGUUGAUAUGAAGGAGAUCGAUGGGCUCUUGAACGAGGUGGGAGUCAUGCUGGGCCGUUGGUCUCUGUACUGUCGGUUCUUGGCUGACAUUUGCAAUGAUCCUGGAGAAGACGACAAUGGAAGAAUCAAGAUUCCGGGCUUCCUACAAGAAUCAUCUCUGAUGAAGAAGAUUAAUGAGCGUCUGAUAACCCCAUUCAAUACCAUGACCACUUUCUUCGUCCGGCGGUCUGUCGAGAAGGCUUUCCAACUGGACGAGCAACCGUCUGGUUUAACUCUGAACCCGCAUAAGCCGUUGAAGGCUGAUCCUCCCAUUAUCACCUCCGCUGUUGAUGAUAUCAUGUACAUUGUGAACAAGAUCCUGCAUCAAUCUCUCGCAACCUCUCAGAUUCAAGUUGUUAAGAACGUCGUGCCUACGUUAUCGCGGGUCCUUGGUUCGGACUUCAUCGGCAUGACCCAGCGGAAAAUGCGCGACGACUACUAUCCCAAGCCGCUCGUCCAGGGGGGCCAGCCGCCGGAGCACACAUUGAUAACAUUCCUGAUCCUGAUUAACAACCUAGACGUGGCAAUUGACUACAUCCGCCGCAUUGUACAGAACAACACGGAAUCGAAACGCACAGUCCCAGGACCUGAUGGUCGUCCUGAGGAGACAGAUCAACUACGCUCACUCUUCCCAGAUCCGAAUGAGGCCGCGCUAGCAGCUCAAACCAUACAAUCUUUGUCCUCGUCCUUCGAGUCCAAGGCAAACGACCUCCUCUCGGACGGCAUCCAAGUGGUUUUCAACAACGUCAUCAAGCACCGUCUCCGACCAAUUCUGGCAGACGCCUUCCGAGACAUCGAAUAUCAACCGAGAACCGCCACGGACCCAAUCACCAGCACUAUCCACCACGACUACGAGGACAGCGACGAAGACGAGCGUUUGGCAAACGACAACGACAUGGACGGCAGCAUGACCGAACUAGUCCGGCCGCGCUUCGCAAACGCAUGGGCCGAGCUCCUUGUCCCGAUCGCGCGGAUCCUCACACCAGCGGCGCUCGACCGGCUCCUGACGGUUACAUUGGCGUAUCUAGCACGGCUCCUUGAAAAGCGACUUUGGUCGUACCAGGGCCGGGUCAAUGUGCUGGGAGCGACGAGAUUGGAGCGCGACGUCUCUGGCCUGGUGAACACGGCGGUUGAUGUGAGCAGGGGCGGCGGUUCCGGGGCGGGUGUACCGAGUCGGUAUCGACACCGUGAGGUCUUCUCGAGAUGUUUGCAGAUAGUCAUGGUGAUGGGAAUGGAAGAUGACGAGUGGGAAGAAGUCCUACGAGGAGGGGAAGUGGAGGAGGUUGUUGAUAAGUUGAGUAGGGAGGAGAGGAUUAGGGCGAGGGGAGUUGUGAAGAGAUGAAAUCACUUGUUUGGGGGUUAGAUGUUAGAUCUUUGUAUAAAAUAUGUAUGCGCCUAUACAGACUUGAUUUCCUAUGGCCACCAUAACCUUCUUCUC